AUGUCCUCCUCGUCUUCCCUCCCACCAGUGCUGACGCCGCGCUUCCGCCCGCACGCCGAAGAAGAGCCGUUUCUCCCGCGCUACACAGAGGACUCUGAGCCAGCGCGGCUGUUCCUGAAGAAGCGCACGUGGCUCACCCGCGGGCGGGUUAUCCUGCUGAGCGCACUGCUGUCGCUGCUGGUAUGGGGGCUGAUCGUGGUCGUGCCGGAGAUCUUGGACCCGACGCCGGUGGUGGUGCCGGUGGUUGAUUUCGAGAGCGUGAGGAAUGUGAAUGCGACGCUAAUUCCGGGCGGGAAGGGGAAGUGGACGGUAAGGAUUCCGAGGGGGAUUCAGGAGCCAUUGAGGCCGCGGGUGUAUGCGGGUAUAUGUAGGUCGGUGCAUGACGUUGCGGGACAUGUGCAUCGGGGGUAUUACUCGUUUGAUGAGAAGUUCGUUGAUCCGGCGAAGAGCGGGGAAAAAGUGGUAGUGGAGAAGGGGGUGGAGGUCUGUGAUGCGAGCUUGACAUAUAUGCUUGAGUCGAAGAAUGCAGGGUUUGGAGUUGCGCUGAUGGGGCUGUGGAGCGCAUAUGGGCUUGCAAAGAAGGAGGGGAGGAGCUUCUUUAUCAACGACCGUGACUGGGCAUGGGGCGCAUACACUUCCUUCUUCCUGCAGAUGCCGCGACCAAAAUGCGCACCUCCACCACCGCAUUGGAUGCUUCCGUGUCCGCAUUCAGCAAAGCACCUCGUAGUCGCCGCCUCCACACACACCUACAUCUUCGGCCACAGCUUCAACGAUGAGUUUGAAGAUGCGCGCCAAAUGGGAGUGCUGCGCCAGUCCAAGAUCUUUGAUUUCGUCCGUGAGGGCUACGAAGCGCUGUUCCGGCUAGGUCUUCUCCCAGAGGACCAAGAUUUCGUGGAAGUCCGCAAAAAGAAGCUUAUUGGCCCCGUGAUGAGUGUGCACAUCAGAAGAGGCGAUAAAAAGGCGCUAGCGUGGGAGUAUGUAAAGACAGAUGACGGGUUCGUGCCACCAAAGAAGUAUGUGGAGGCCGCAUUGGAGAUGCGCGGGAAGCAGCAUGGCGAUAUCGUCUAUGCGUCGGAUGAUGUCCACAUGUAUGAGUCUGCUGAGCUUGUGGAUUAUGUCCCAGCGCAGGGAGAGGUAGCAGCGGAGACAUGGCUCGGCGAGCUCGAGGUGUCACAGGAUAUGAGAGGAUUUGUGGCGGAUGAUUUCUGGCGGCUGGAUCCGGAGCAGAAGGUACAGCUGGGGAGGGCCUACCUGAAGGAUUUGAAGAUCUUGGGGGAGAUGGCGGCUAGAGGGGAGGCAGCGACGGUGUGUGAUGUGGCCAGCACAACCUGUAGACUUCUGGCGGUGAUCAUGGGCUGGGAGAGGGCGGUGGUGCAGAAGCGGUGGAAGAACGUGGAUGGCGAGUUUGACUGGAGCGGUGUUGCGUGGUAG